AAAAAAGAGAAAAAAAUUGGGUCGACGACAAGAAUUGGAAACGAGAUCUAAACCCUUUACGUUUUCUUUCUUUUUGCCCAAACUUCAGAAUUGGGCGUCCUUUGUUUUUUGUCAAAUAUAGGAUCUUCUCCUUCACAUCUCGCUCUCUUUUUCAUUUCUUUGUAAUCUUUAUCCAGGUCUGUGGUUUUGAGGCUAUUUCUGUGGUGAGCCAUGGCUGUUGAGUUUGAGGGGUUUGAGAUGGUCCAAGGACCAGUGGAGACUGUAACUGAAGGAGACAUUACUGUUUUGCCUGUAAAGGAUAAUGGCAAAUUGGAUCAAGAGCCUGGUCUCAACCAUCCCAUAAAAUUUGGUUCGCAUGGAGAUGAACCAGUUAAAGGAGAAGGAAAUGACGUUUCUGACGCCAACUUCCCAAAGGAUGCAGUUGACGAGUGGCCUGCACCUAAGCAGAUCCAUUCUUUCUAUUUUGUCAGGUACAGACCAUAUGAUGACCCAAAAAUAAAAGCCAAAGUUGAUCAGGCUGAUAAAGAGAUUCAGAAGAAAAAUCAAGCCCGAUUUCAGAUCACUGAAGCACUAAAGGCAAAGAGGUCGGAUCGAGCAGAGUUGAUUUCUCAGGUUAGAGCUUUGAAAGAUGACAACCGGCAGUUCAGGACAAUCUUGGAUGAGAAAAGAAAGGAGAUCGAGCCUCUGCAACAGGCUCUUGGCAAGCUGCGCAAUGCAAACACGGGUGGUCGAGGUGGUGGUUUAUGUUCAUCUGAGGAAGAGCUUAAUGAUGUUAUCCAUAGUUUGAAGUACCGCAUACAACACGAAAGCAUUCCAUUGACUGAGGAAAAACAACUCCUUAGAGAGAUCAAACAUCUUGAGGCGACAAGGGAAAAAGUUAUUGCUAAUGCUGCUAUGAGAGCAAAGAUUCAGGAUUCAUUGGGUCAGAGAGAAGCCAUUCAAGACCAGGUUAAACUUAUAGGUGGUGAUUUGGAUGGAGUAAGAAAGGAGAAACAAGCACUUCAGGCCAAAAUUAAGCAACUUGACGAUGCACUAAGGGCAAUAGACAAUGACAUUAAUUCUUUAACGGAGGAACUAAAGGUUGUCUCCCAAAAGAGGGACAAAGCGUAUGAAAGCUUUCAUCAACUCAGAAAACAGCGUGAUGAGGGGAAUGCCUACUUUUACCAAAGCCGUACAGUCUUGAACAAAGCACGGGAGCUUGCUGCAAAGAAAGAUAUUAACGCUCUUGAGGAACUUUCACAUUUAGAGGUCGAAAGUUUUAUGUCUCGCUGGAGCAGUGACAAGGCUCUAAGGGAUGAUUAUGAGAAAAGAAUUUUACCUUCAUUAGAUAGUCGCCAACUGAGUAGGGAUGGACGGAUGAGGAACCCAGAUGAGAAACCUUUGGUGGUGUUGGAAGAACAUACAUUCUCUGAAAGGGAGACAGUGGCAAAAGCUAGUUUGAAAGAAGUAAAGGAAGAUUCCAAAUCCCCUUCAAAGGAUACUUUGCUCAGCCAAAAGCCCCAGAAGGAAACCAAAAUUAAAGCAGCACACCCAAAAUCCACCUUGGAGCCUAUGAAAGCAGAAGACAAGGAGACCUCUGGGUUAGAAGAGAUUCAAAAGGACACUCCUGCCAAGGAAAAUGAAGUUGAUGCAGCAAAGUCGAAGGAGAUGAAAAGAGAAGAGGAAAUGGCAAAAGCUAAACUGGCCAUGGAAAGGAAGAAGAAGUUGCAGGAGAAAGCCGAAGCCAAACGAGCUAUUAGGAUUCAGAAGGAAACUGAAAAGAAGCUUAAGGAGCGUGAAAAGAAAGCAAAGAAAAAGGCCUCAGGUUCCGCACUUACUAGUGAUCCUGAAGAACUGGCGGAAGCAGUGUCAGAAGGUGCAGAACUAGAGAAGGUAGAUGAAAACGUUGAAGCUCCAGUUCCGGGAAAGGAAAAGUUUCCAAAGGUGAAUACUAUCAGACCCCGGAACAGAUCAAAAGGACCGGAUUCUGUUCCUAAAGUAGUCCUGAAACGUAAGAAGCCCACUAACUACUGGAUAUGGGCUGCUCCUGCUGCUGCUGUGUUUGCCUUGCUGGUGCUGGUGCUUGGGUACUACUAUCUUUUCUAAAAGGCGACUUGGAACUAAGUAGAAAGAGCCAUGAACCAGUUUCUAUGCUUGUGCCCGUGUGAGUUGCUAGGUUCGUAGUCCUAAAGAAUUAAGUUUAUUCCCGUUCGUUACAUCCCUUUUCAGGGGAUGGACACUAAAUCAUAAUGUUGCUGGUAGCUCAGUCAGAAAGAGAGAAGCUGCUACAUACAUUUAGCUUGACUGUAUGAACUUUCUUCAAAUUUUGACUCUUGAUCAAAUUUCAUGAAUGUUUUCUUGAA